AUGGGAACUUGUGCUGCUCAAAAAUAAAAAAGAAUCUAGAAUGAUGGAGAAUUAUCAGAAACCAUGCUCAAAGUCAGAAUGUCUAAUGACAGUCAGGCUGUUUUGAGAGAGAAAACUAAAUAAAAAGGAAGUUUUAAUCCGUUUAAAAAUCCUAUAGUAAGUAGAAGAAUUAAGGAAAUUCCUGCUCAAUCAAACAAUUGCCUACUAAUUGAAUGAAAAAUCAAUACUAAAUAUAGAUUCUAUUGUGUUAAACUGUAUAAAUUAAUUUAUAUUAUAUAAAAUUAAACAAACUAUUUUUAAACUUAAAAAAUAAAA